AUGUUGCUCUGCCUCCUCGCAUUUGCUGCUGCCAGUGUAGUGGCAAAUAUUGUCGUAGAUGACCACACUUGCCAUAGGAGUAGCGGCGGCUGUGAGCCCAAGAGUUUAUGCGAGUACAAUUACAACUUCGGAGACCUUAGUUUCGACCAGUCCUGCCGUGUCAAGGACGGUGUAAACUUUUACCCUCAGCAGAUUCACUUGGCAUUCGCUGGAAUUGAGACCGGUACGGCCAUGGCAGUGUCGUGGGCAACGUUCGAGAACGUGACCGAUAGCUCCGUCUGGGUAGGAAGAUCAGAGGACAAGCUUGAAUUGGUCGACACCCUCGUGUCUAGUGAUAGCUACUACAGCGACGACGAGUACAAUUUGUUCCACCACCACGCGACGAUUACAGGUCUCAAACCGCAUACUAAGUACUUCUACAAGGUUGGUAGCAGCGGUGACGAGAAAUACACAAGCGACGUGAGUUCGUUCGUGACGGCGCGGGCGGCUACGGACGACAGCACUUUCAACGUUCUAAUUUACGGGGAUCUCGGGGACGGAGAGAAUUCGGCUGAUACGAUCGCGGCUAUCAACAACAUGACUUCAGACGAAAUUGAUCUCGUCUACCACCUGGGAGACAUCUCAUACGCUGACAACGACUUCUUGGAGGCGAAGCAAGCCGCUGGUUUCUUCUAUGAGGAAGUUUACAACAAGUGGAUGAACUCCAUGAUGCCACUUAUGAGUCGUGUCCCGUACAUGGUUUUGGUUGGGAAUCACGAAGCUGAAUGCCACUCUCCGAGGUGUCAGGCCUCUCGCUCAAAAAGCAAAGCGUUGGGAAAUUACACGGCGUAUAACACGCGAUUUAAGAUGCCAUACGGAGAGAGUGGUGGGACAUCGAACAUGUGGCAUUCCUUCGACCAUGGUCCGAUUCAUUUUACUUCGCUAUCGCCCGAGUCUGAUUACCCAAACGCACCGGCAAAUGCAUUUACAAUAUGGACCAAAAACGGCAACUUUGCUGAUCAAUUGAGUUGGAUCGAAGCGGAUCUCAAGAAGGCAGACGCUAACAGAGAGAACGUGCCGUGGAUUUUCGUUGGGAUGCAUCGGCCGAUCUACAGUGUUCUGAUUUCUGAAAACGACGUCCCCAUCGCCCAGACUGCAAAAGUCCAGGCGGCAUUUGAAGAUUUACUACUCAAGUACAAGGUGGACGUGGUGCUGACAGGCCACAAACACUAUUACGAGCGGCACUUGCCCAUCGCGAACAACAAGGCUGUACUGGAUGGCGUCUCUGAAGACUUCAAAGUGUACGAGAACCCUCAGGCUCCUGUGCAUAUUCUAAGCGGUGGAGCUGGCCAAUCCGAAGGGCUAUCCUUUUCACCAAAGCACACUUCGUCGUGGAACGCCGUAAAGGAUUAUGAGCAUUUUGGUUACUCGAUGCUAGAGGCGAAUCGCUCAACGCUGGUGUGGAAAUACAUUCUAAGCUCGGACCGGACCGUUCAAGACGAGUUUGUCAUGUACAAGGCCGACGCCACGCAGUUAGACGCUACUGGUGGCGUGUCAUAA